AUGCCUAAGCACAAUUUUGAAACAUUGACAUGUGUUAGUAAAACCGUACAUAUCAUCACAACUACUUUGUACAUCCAGGUGAAUUAUACCUUGUUUUUUUUCAGGAUAAAUUGGGCUUUCAUUUGGUGGUAAAUGAACUGUGUGGCGCAUUCCCAUCAGAAUGACAGGUACGCAAAUAUGCGGUCCCAUGGAAAAAAGCCCAGUUCUGUGAAGCCGCAUAUUUGUGUUACGUCGGCGUCAAGGGGUUAAAUUACCUUCAUAUAUUGUGAGAGACUGAUUGAACAUAUUUU